UAGAUUUUGUCCACUCUGGACCCUCAAAUCUUUUUUUGGAGUGAGAAGGGCUUCCUCAUUCCUUCAGUCUUCAAAUUUCUCCAUCCUACACUCUCUCUCCCCAAUCAGAGAUCCUUGGAAAUCUUUAUCUGCUUCUGUCAUCUCCAACAACACUACAAUGAAUGUCUUUUUGCUUCUCACCUUCUCAGCUCUGAUCUGCUGGGUUUCAGCUGAUAUUCGUUGUCAUUCCUGCUACAAGUUCCCUAUGAUUGGCUGUGUGGAUCGAAAAUCCUGUAAAUUGGAGGAAGGACACCAGUGUUUGAGCACAAAUGUUUAUCUAGGUAGGAUGUGGAUUUACUCCAGCUUUGACUGUGGUUCAGAGAAGAAACCCUGCAGAGAGGGUAUUAACAAAACCAAUGAUCUAACCUACAACACCACUUGCUGCAGGAGAGACUCCUGCAACGGUUUUGCACCUCACUCUUCUCCAUUCCAGAACUUCAGCUUCCUCAUCCUUUUUGCUGGUUUUGGCAUCUGGCUCCUAAACUGAAAAUCUCGAGUUUGCCCAGCCCCAUAUCCUAUUCUCACUUAAUCCUGUUGUUAGCCCCUUCCUAUCUCUGUUUCCAUUAGAGUCCCUCCCUGUAUUCUAGGGUUGUAGAAAUAGCACUGGAUUUGGAGUGAGAGGUCCUGGUUCUCUACUACUUAACAAUGGGUUGGGGUGGGGGGAUGGGUAGCUGGGUAGCUGGGUAGCUGGGUAGCUCAGUGGAUUGAGAGCCAGGCCUAGAGACGGGAGGUCCUAGGUUCAAAUCUGACCUCAGAUACUUCCCAGCUGUGGGACCCCGGGCAAGUCACUUGACCCCCGUUGCCUAGCCCUAAACACUUUUCUGCCUUGGAACUAGUACACAGUAUUGAUUCCAAGAGGGUAGGUAAGGGUUUAAAAAACAAAACAAAACAAAACCAAAGAAAUAAACAAACGAAAAACACACAAUGGUGUGUCCUAGGACAAGUUAUUUGGACUCUCAGAGCCUCGGGCUCCUUUGUAAAAGUGAGAGGGCAGGACUAGAUAAUUUCUAAGGUCUUUCCCAUCUUUAAAUACUAUGAUUCAUGUAAUCCCAUUAAUGACUUUUCUUUGGACUCCUUUCUUUCAUGAUAAUUUUCUCCUAAUCUUUUCUCAUGGUCAGUGAACUGUAGAAUGCUAAAGCUGUAAUGGCUCUGAGGGAUUAUCUCGAAUCAAGAAAUUCAGUUCAUCUUUUCUUCUAUUACAGUAUGUCUCCCUGAUCUUCCCCAGUUUCCCAGAAUUGUCUUUCUCCAAUUUCUUACCUCUCCCCCUCACCUACCUCCAUUCAUCUACCUAGGACUCUUCCUUAUCAGGAUUUCUUCAGCUGGGAGGCUGAAGUCUGAAUCUGAAAUGGGAGUUCUUAUUCAGUCCUCAAUAUAGAUUCCAGGUACCUUCUUGGUAGGGUCUGAUUCCCUGAACCCUGGCAACAGGUCUCUUCACCUCACUCCUGCCCAGCUCCUUUGGAAUAAAUGUCUAUUUCCAAAAGAA